CUGUGUCUCUCUCUUUAUAUAUAUAUAUAUAUAUAUAUAUCUUUCUCUCUCUCUCUCUCUCCACAAGUCUCUCCCUUCUCAGUGUUAAAUUUUUCCCUAAAAUCUUUUUCUCUCGUUCUAUUGACCCUCCAUUGAAACCACAGAAUCUUAGGGUAUCCCUUUGAUCUCUCUUUCUCUCCCCUCACAUUUUUUCUUUCCAACCAAACAGCUUCACAUCUCUUCUCAACUUUCACACGUUUCUAUUCCAGAUUUUCUCUCUGGUUUUUUGAAGAAUUCUAUUGUGAUAGUGUGUUUCGUUAUUGAUUUGGUUCGAUCCGUGGAAAUGAAGCCGAGGAUUUGUGAGUUGUGUAACCAAGAGGCAUACCUGUAUUGUGACUCUGAUUCUGCGUUUCUCUGCUGGAAAUGUGAUGCCAAGGUUCACGAUGCUAAUUUUCUAGUUGCUCGACAUUUCCGGGAGGUUCUCUGCUGCAAUUGUAAGUGUUUCGCUGGAAGACAGGUCUCCGGUAGUGUGCCUCCGUUUGAAAUCUCAACCUGUCCGUCUUGCUCGCCCGAGAAUCACUCCGAUGAUGAUGAGGACAAUGAUUGUUUAUCCUCAUCGUCGAUUUCGGCCUGUGUUUCCAGUACCGAGUCCUGUUCUACAGGUCAGAAGAAGAUUCAGCGUCGGAUGGAGGAGACGGCGGUGUCGUCGAGUUCCGUCACGAACGAGAAGUGCACAGCGGAAGGGAAGAAGGAUCCGGGACGGUGCGCGGCGGAGGAGGUUUUCGUGAAUUGGAGCAGAAAGUUUGGGGUGAAUAGUAAUUGUGUGGCGUCGCUGGCGUCGCAAGCGGUGGGAAAACUAAUGACGGUGGUUCCGUUUAGAGUAGCGGCGGCGACGUCGUUUUGGUUUGGUCUGAGAUAUUGCGGUGACGGGCGGUUACGUACGGUUCAGAACCUGAGGAAGUUGGAGGAAAUGUCGAAAGUGCCAGGCAAGGUGAUCAUGGCGGCCGAGGAGAAACUGACACGUGUCCUGAGACCUAAAAGAGCGAGGCGUGACUUCGAGGAAGGCUGGGCCGAGUGUUAACCCUUCGAAUCAGAUUAUCAAUAUAAUAUUCUCUCUGUAUUUUUUUUUUAAUUACUCAUAGCAUAAAAAGAGAUUUGGAAAACGGUUCCCUAUUGUCAA